ACGUCGGGACGCUUCCCCGCGUCCUGCCGCGUGGGGGGCUGGCGGGGAGGAGGAGGAGGCGGCGGCCUUUUGAACGAUUUCAGCAGCUUGGGCUGAGCCGAGCGGGUGCCGGAUGAGCGUUUCCCGGAGUUUGUAACUGCGGGGCAGCCUAGCCUUUAAAAGCUUUGCCAUGAUCACUCUCCUCUUGUGGGAUCAUCUCCGGGCGGGCAGCUCCGAACUGGACUGGUGCGAGGAUAACUACACCAUCGUGCCCACCAUCGCCGAGUUUUACAACACGAUAAGCAACGUCUUGUUUUUUGUCCUGCCCCCUAUAUGUAUGUGCUUAUUCCGACAAUAUGCAACCUGCUUCAACAGUGGAAUAUAUUUAAUAUGGACCUUGCUAGUAGUUGUAGGGAUUGGAUCUGUCUACUUCCAUGCUACGCUUAGCUUCCUGGGUCAGAUGCUCGAUGAACUUGCUAUACUUUGGGUUCUGAUGUGUGCCCUGGCUAUGUGGUUUCCCAGAAGGUAUCUGCCCAAAAUGUUUAGGAAUGACAGAGGCCGGUUCAAAGCUGCCGUGGGCAUUCUUUCUGGAGUCACUACAUGCCUCGCCUUUGUUAAGCCCGCCAUUAAUAACAUCUCCUUGAUGACUUUAGGACUUCCCUGCAGCGCCCUGCUUAUUGCAGAACUUAAAAGGUGUGACAAUGUCCGAGUUUAUAAGCUAGGACUGUUUUCUGGCCUAUGGUGGAUGUUGGCACUAUUUUGUUGGAUUAGUGACAAAGUAUUUUGCGAGAUUUGGUCAUCUUUUAAUUUUCCCUAUUUACACUGCGUAUGGCACAUCCUCAUUUGUAUUGCAGCUUACCUGGGCUGCGUCUGCUUUGCCUAUUUUGAUGCUGUCUCUGAGAUCCCCGAACAAGGCCCCGUCAUCAAGUUCUGGCCCAGUGAGAAGUGGGCAUUCAUCGGGGUGCCCUACGUCACUCUCCUCUGCGCUCACAAGAAGUCUCCCCUCAAGAUUACUUGAAGGGCAACGGAAGCGCCCCGUCCUCUUUACCUGCCAUUUCUCCAAAAGGCCUGGAUCUCUAGUGGGAAGAUUGCCUGAGGAGGUCCUUGCGCAAGCAAAGGACACCUGAUGAGGUGGUCAGAGCAGAAUCUCCAAACAAAGUUUGUUUUGAGUGGCCUAAGAAAUGCCUGAAUCCGUACGACGAAGAAACACGGGAAAGCAGAACGCCUGUAUUUCCAUAAGUGCACCUUCCCCCCCCCCCCCAGUAAAGCAAUUUCCCUUCUGUUUUGACUGCCUGUCACCCUCUCAGUGGGCAGGGAACUGGGUGACAACUUACCCUGUCACAUUAAGCAAGGAAGAAUGGAAAAACGGGCGUGUGUCUCUGCUGGUGUGUUGAUGGCUGUGUUCUGGUUGGGAAAUAAUCACCAGAUUUGUGUAUUAAGGAUUUAAUAGAAUUGCUUUGCAGAUGUCCGUCCUCUGCUGCCGGUGUAUAUUUACAUAUUAAUUGAGCAAAUGAAAUCCCUUUAAACUCUGCGGUCAGUUUAAGAGGAGAACAAUCCUUGAGAAGCUGGCUCUCUUCUUAAUCCAUCAAAAUACCAUAAACAUACGACAACGCGAGUUUUUUUUUUUUUUAUCCAUAUAUAACAGUUCACUCUUUGGAGACUUGUUUACUACAGUUCAGAAAAUAAGAUGUAGGAGAAAACUCAGUGAAGGAAUAAAAAUUGUCUGGUUGUGAGGCUUUCCUCGGUCUCCAGGCAGUUAAGUCAUAUUUCAGCCGAGUUCUCGGAAGGAGAGCAAUUCGGCGAUCAUCUACCAGAUUUCUGCAAAAAAAAACCAAAACAGUUUAUCUCUCAAUCUCUAUUUUAAUUCCAUGUUCUUUACAAGCAAACAAAUGAACUUGGAAAGGUUUGAGUUUAAUUAUCCAUCUGGGUUGUUGUUGUUUUUUUGCCUCUUGUUACCAUGACACACCUUUAGGUGUUAGUUAUGGAGAGAGCAAUCAAGCUUCAUUAUUCACUUCCAUUUUUAAGCAGAUGUAACUAAAUUUCAAGGGCCGCAAAGAAUCGGUGCUUUGGCUUGUGCAGGUGUUUGAAAGCUUCUUAAAUUGUGCAUGAGUUGGGGUGUUUCCCAGAUUCUGAAAUAUUUGAACUUUGUUAAAAUACUUGUCAAGGGAAUCCAUGAAAUCAAAAUGGUGCUCGUGGCCAUGUGGUUAAAAGUUCAGCCCCCCCCUUUUUUUUUUUAUGUGAUGCAGGAGGAAAAAAAGGGGCUUCAAUUGUAUACUCACUAGUAGUAGUAUUUUUUUGACUGACCCUGUAGAUGAUCCUGCAGUGAGUCUUAUGAAUUUGAAGCUUUUACCGUCACUUUUUAAAGAAUCCUCUCUUUUGUAUUUAAAUGCUUUAAAUUUAAGAUGCGGGCUAAUAUAAGAUGAGAUGCCAUAUAAAUAAUUGGCCACAGCUCAGUAGUUUGGGUGGAAAAGGAAAAUACAGACUACAAAUAACUUGGUUUGUUUUCUAGCAUACGCAAAAACAAAAGCAGGCGUUUCUAUCCCUGGAUACAAAGCCAAGAUAUAGUUGUAAACAAGCCGGGGGGGGGGGGGGGAAACAUUUCUUGCAUCAAACGUUUCUCAAUUGCUGAUGGACCAAGCUGGGUAAAUAAUAUCUGUGCUUGAUUGUGGAAUUGAAUUGGACGUUUUGUUCCUUUCUAUUCCAUUUGGCUGUGACUGCUCAGUACCUUGACGCAUUGCCAGAAAUGUUGCAUGGAGCAUUAAAUAAACCAGGCCAACUUUCCCUGUUGGGAGCCACUGGCUGUGUGGAACUUUGCCAAAGUGAGUUGAUUGAGACAGUUUUAUCACUGUGGGGAAGCUCUAGACCGGCCUAGUUCCAUGCCUAAGUUUGAGUGAGUGCCGCAAGGUUCUGUCAGCAAAAUGGCCUGGUCCCUCGUUUUAGGACAAGAUAUUUCAGUGCUCCUCCUUUGAGCUACAGUAUUUGGUUCCUGCAGUUGAAGAAUGGAAGACACACCUGUAUUUUUCAAAACGGGGGCAGUCUACCUUAGUGAAUAUCAAUAGAAGUUUCCCCCUAUGACUUGAGGCACAUUCCGUUGGCCAACCGGUGGCAAAAUGAGUGCAGAUGAAAUUGCCAGCACAGCAAGCAUACAGUUGUACUGUGCCAGUUGCUCCCCAUUUCUUGCCAUCUGGAUUACCAGCACAGACCUUAAUCCCAUACAAUUUCGAGUUGUCUGAAUUGGGACAAGCUCUGAGUUCUGAGUGACUUGAGACAAGCUAUUUGAAGCCUUUACGUUGUUAUAGGAGUGGAUAGGCAAGGGGUUCACUCUGCUUGUUAGCUAGUUAUUGGUAUUCUUAAAUGAUUGCCAGGGGUUCACACCCAUUUUGCUGCUAGGUGUUGCAGGUUUAUUGGGAGGACUCUGAAAAAUGCAGUGACUGACAAAAAUGGGAUGAAUAUUGUGGAGGGGCAGAAGGUUAAAGGAUUAUUUCCCCUCUUUUUUUAAAACAAAACAAACCAACAAUUAGGGAAAUUGUCCUGCUGAAAAUUGGCAGUUGUACGUCAGUGAACCAGCAGCAAAAUUUGUAGUGUUCUGGAUAUUGUAAAAUGCGUGCUAAAAAGCCACAGAUGUCUUUAUUUUUGUUUUCUUUUAUUUAAAAAGUUAUCUAUUUUUCCCUUUAGUUUGCAAUUCUCAAUUGCUAUGACUAUCAAGCUUUCGAAUCUUGAAAUAUUUGUUUACAGUGUUACAAGAAAAUAAAAAUGGAAUCAGUAAUAUUUCUUAUCAAAUUACUUUUUGCAAUUUGGGACACAAGCUUUUGAGUUUGGGAAAUAAUGUUUUUUAGGAUUAGAUGGUCUCGUAGAAUUAUUUAAGUAUUUUCUUAGAUGCUCCCGAUGUUUUCUGUCUUGUAUCAGCAACAUUUAAAAAAAAAUUACAAAUUCUGGUAAUCAUCCAUCUACAUUUGACAUGAAGUUGGCAUGUGUUUGAAGAACAUGAUAAGGCUGUACAGAUAAUCGGAAAAUACAAAAGUGAACAUUUACGAAAUGUAAAAAUUCUUCAUUAUAUGUGUCUCAUUUUGUGGGGGGGGGGAGUAUGGAAAGAAUUUUUCUAGUAAACAAUCGUGGGACAUUUUUUAAUUAGAGUAACUACUAUCCAGCUGUUCAGUUAUACCAACAAAAAAGUAUUUUCUAUCUCAUUCUUGGAGGAGGUGGAAUGUGAAUUUUCUUGGCUUUACUUGCAACUGUACGGUUAUUUCUUUCUCUUAAAUACUUUUAUGUACAGCACGUUCUGUAGUGACAUAUAUUAUGCUGAGAACAAUGUGUUCUCAGCAUAAGUGGCUGCUUUGUUUGUUUUUUAAAGGUUAGGAGAUCCGAUCAUUCUCAGGUAUAUAAUAAUAAUGAGUUUGAAAGCAUCUGUGCUCUUGCUUCUUUCCUUUAUACAUAAUAGUGGCAAACUUUCUCUGGGAUGUAACCGCUUGAUUAAGGGCUCAAGUUUGGUAUCUUGACGAUAUUUUGAAAUUCAGAAAGCUUUUAUGCAAAAUCCACUCGGUGGAUUCUUCAUUGUUCUACUGUAAAAAGGUACCGGUACUUCAUUUGAAACAUCUUUCUUAAAAGUGAGUUUGAAAUACAAGCGAUAAUCUAGAAAAGUGGUCUCCAAACUUCUUUUAUUCUGUACCCUUACCAAUAAAACAUUUUUUUGAUCAUGCCCUUCCAAUAUAUGUAUGAUUAUUGAUUUAUAAAUGAUACUCGUGUACUUUGUACCAGUAUGUACAUUAUAAAACAUAGACCUUUGUAUACUCUUAGAAUAGAUUAAUUUCCUAUUUUUGGAUAAAAAUAAACGCAAAUAGAUAUUUUAAUUUUUUCUUCCUAAACCUCAAUAUAUAAUUUUGCACACCUCUGGGGUAUAGGCACUUUGAAAACCACAGAUGUAGAGAAACUGGGUAUAUAUGCAAUUCCAAUUUUCAUCUUCCAUGGUUGUUCCCUGAUAUAAGGCAAAAAAUGGUAGCUGAUGAGAUCAUGGAAAUAUGUUUUGGCAGCGUUCACACCCGUAUUUAGAGAAAACAGGCAGGGCUACUAAAUGGAUAAGAAAACAUCUUGCACUAAAAUUGGAUAUGUCUUGGAAGAAUGUAAUAAAUGAUGAAACAUUUAGGGUGGAUAAUAACUUUAUUGUGAUUUUUUUUACAGGAUUUGGAACUUUGAAGGAUUUCUUAAAACAAAGAGAAGUGGGUUAGCAUGUGUAGAGCAAAUGGAAGGAAAUUGUGCCAUUUAAAGGCUCUUUAAAAAGAAAACAACUUUGAGGGCUAGAAACAGUUUCGUUUGGAUACAAAAAAAACCCCCCAAGAAGUUUAAUCUUUUUAAUUGUAUACUCAAAAGUGCAUCCUACUGAAUUAAAUCUAAUUUAAUAUGAAUUCAGAUUUUUCCCACCCAGAAGAAAGUCCAAGUCCCUUCCCCAGCAUCCACGUGUCCAUCACAUGGUCCAAUUAAGGCACUGUCACAACUGGAGAUGCCCCCUAGUCACACCACUCCAGGUGCAGGGUAGGAUGUCCUUGAGUCUCAAAGAAAAUAAUGUUAUGGCUAGAUCUUUCUCCACUCCAUACAUUCCCCCCUCUCAGUUUCCCACAGCACUAAAUGUGGCAGCCUUGAAGAUCCAAAGUAAAAAAUGUCUUCUAGGACUGACAGAAUAAUAAUCUCCUCCUCUAUAUUGUCUAGGCACAGAAUUUUCAGCAUAUGGAAUUUUAAAUAUUUUUUUCAUGUCUUUCAUCCCCAUAGUUUACCAAAUCUCAUUCCUUAUUCAGGCUAUCUAUUUUUUUCUCUUGUUUUUAAAUGAUUUUGUAUUUGUAAACUGUUCAGAGUCCUGGGAAUUGGGUGGCAUAUAAAUUUAAGAAAUUAUGAUUGGUCACACAGCCAAAUGUUUAGAUUGGAUUUGGCAUUUUUGCCCACCUAUUGAGCCCUUCCCAAGGAGUUAGGAUAAGCAGAUUUUAUUUAUUUAUUUUUGCUAAGGGUUAAACUGGUACAAGUGAAGCUGACGUUUGCAAUUAACCAAGGGCGAUUUGGUCAGUGCUAAUGGUGUUCAAGUGGUGCUUCAGAUGUUUUGGGACUCUACCCAAGGUACAUAUUAGCAUUGGUACUACCUCUGCUUUCUUUUGCCAUGGUCAUUCUAUUUGCAGGUUUCUGUACUUAGUACUUUUCUCCAGUUCUCUUCUUUUUUACAGGUAUUUCCAUAGCCACUCUUCAAAUAUUUUUUUUGUUUUUCAUAUCGACAGUUAAGUUUGGGGUUUUAUGUGCUUGUUUAUUUAAAUUCUAAAAUCCCAGGGCACUUUAACGUCUUCAUUUUCUAUUACUUUGUCUAUUUUGUGGUCCCACCAGUUCUUGUGUGCAGGCAGAUGAUAUUUCUUGCGCAUAUUCCACUAUAUUCUUGUUACUACUUUGUCAUGCAGUUGUUUACAGUCGGUCCUGUGUGAUCCAUCUUGCAGUACAUGUCUAGCUGGUCCACUGUUUCUUCAGCUUUUUUUGCUGAAUAACUUAACAAUUAUAUAAAAUUAUGAAAACAAGACAGCAUUUGCUGUCUUAUUUGUGGGUAAACAGAUUCCCAGUCUAAGAACUGGUGUAAUGAAUGAUUUAAGAAUGAUUAAAGUAGCAUCCCAAGACUAUAGGGAUGAGGCCUAUAAUCUUAGACAAUAAUAUUAAUGAAAUAAUGGACUCUGGACUUAGAAAGAAAGGACGUCACAGUUUCGUUUUGGAGAUUUUGCCUCACUUGAGGUUCAACACGAUCUGUAGCCAUCUUCCUGGCCACCCUAUUUAAAUGCUCAAGAGUGAGACAGUGUGGUUCUAUUUCUGUGACCUUGUUAGUGGCAGAGAAAUCCUUCUGCUGGAGUAUCCAUUAUUUGUGGGCAAUCCUUCGAAAUGCAUUAGCUUGACUUCCUUCUGCCAUAUAUAGCAUUUCCCCCCCUCUCCUGUUUCCCCCCCACAACCCUGGGGAAGUCUGCUCAGCUGAAAGAGAUGGACUGGCCCAGAGACACUCAUGCCUGAGGAGGGACUGGAACAUGGGUUUUUUUGGUAUUGAAAUUUGGUACUUUUUAACUCCUGCUCUAAAUUAUGCCAUGGAACAGAAUGGAAACAGAAGUACAGCACCUUCAGGGUGGGCAGCCCUGUUCUCACAACACUGAUCUUGUCGUUUCGGACUCCGUCUGCACAAUAUCUGGGAGUCAGAAAGGUGAGGAUCGGUGAGGCGGAGGCAAGCAUGUAGGGAAGGCAAUGCAAUCAUGGAAAAAAAACCCCCCCAUCUAUCUAGGAGUGGAAGGGUCAGGCUGUGUUGUCCUUGGUGUGUGGGGUAUGUGUGUGUUUCACUGACGUUCCAUUGCUGUGGCAUAGCAUUGGUUGGACAGGUCGGAAACAGGAAGGGGCUGUCAUCUUUGGCAGCUGUGAAAAGAACAUGCUGUGCUCCUUUUUAUCAACCUUGAUUGUUCCUUAAGUGCAGGACGUGCUGUUUGAUCACCAGUUCUGCAACCCAACAAGACGGACUCAGACUUCAAAGGAUAAUUAGAACUGCAGAAAAAAAACAGUUGCUAUCAACCUGCCUUCCAUUGAGGACCUGUAUACUGCACGCGUC